AAACACAAAUCCUCUUACAUAAACUCUCCCACCAAGCGAAUCCCUCGCCGGAGAGUCUUGCCGUCGCUGCUUCAUAUAAAGUUACUGUUGAGGUUUCUGUUCAUGGCGGGACAGUCAAGAAAAUGGAUGAUAUUAGUCGCCACAAUUUGGAUUCAAGCCUUCACAGGAACAAACUUUGAUUUCUCAGCGUAUUCAUCGGAUUUGAAAUCCGUUUUGGGGAUUUCCCAAGUGCAGUUAAAUUACUUGGCGACGGCCUCCGAUUUAGGAAAAUUUUUCGGGUGGUCUUCAGGUUUGGCGCUCAUGUAUUUGCCUUUAUGGGUCGUUCUUUUCAUGGCGGCUUUCAUGGGAUUCUUCGGUUACGGCCUACAAUGGCUUGUUAUCAGAAAUAUUAUCUCUUUGCCUUAUAUUUUGGUUUUUCUUCUAUGUUUGUUAGCUGGAUGCAGCAUCUGCUGGUUCAACACUGUGUGUUUCGUUCUUUGCAUCAGAAAUUUCCCUGCAAAUCGAGCUCUGGCUCUCUCACUUACAAUCAGCUUCAAUGGAGUGAGUGCAGCCCUAUAUGCCCUUGCUGGCAAUGCAUUCAACUCUUCAUCAAGUUCAUUAUAUCUCCUUUUAAAUGCUCUUGUUCCUCUCCUCGCUUCUGUUGCAGCCCUCAUUCCAAUUCUUCGCCAGCCUUCUUUAGACCCUCUUCCCCCUGAUGGAGUUAAACGCGACUCUCUCAUUUUUCUCAUAUUGAAUUUCAUAGCUGUUCUCACUGGAGUCUAUCUCCUUCUCUUUGGCUCAAACUCAUCAGGUGCAACAACAGCUCGUCUCCUCUUUGGUGGAGCCCUUUUUCUUCUUGCUUUUCCAUUGUUUAUUCCCGGUAUUAUAUAUGCUCGAGACUGGUUUCGUCGUACAAUCCAUUCGAGUUUUCGCCUUGAAGGCUCUGGUUUCCUUCUUGUUGAUGUUGAUGACCUCGAGCUGCAUAAAGAGCUCCUUACCCGUGAGGCAGGUAGCUAUGGAAAUAGUCAUCUUUUAAGCGAAAAUGAUGUUUCUACUUAUAGUAUUACUAGAAAGAAGAGCACUGAGAGUGAUGGAUGCUGUGAGACAGUGAUGGGGAAAGAUCAGUUAGCAAUGCUUGGAGAGGAGCACUCGGCGAAGUUGCUUGUGCGCAGACUGGAUUUUUGGCUAUAUUACAUUGCAUAUUUUUGUGGGGGAACCAUUGGCCUUGUUUACAGCAACAAUCUCGGACAAAUUGCACAAUCCCUAGGACAAAGCUCCAGCACGACCACUCUUGUCACUCUCUAUUCUUCCUUCUCCUUCUUCGGCCGCCUGCUUUCCGCUGCACCUGACUACAUUCGCACGAAGAUGUAUUUUGCGAGAACGGGAUGGCUGGCGAUUGCGCUAUUGCCAACGCCGGUAGCCUUCUGUUUGCUGGCCGUAUCGGGGCAGUCAAUGGCAUUACAUGCAGGUACAGCACUAAUUGGAUUGAGCUCGGGGUUCAUAUUUGCGGCUGCAGUAUCAAUAACAUCCGAAUUGUUUGGACCGAAUAGCGUAGGAGUCAAUCACAACAUUGUGAUCACCAACAUCCCAAUAGGUUCACUUGUUUAUGGAGUUCUUGCUGCAAUAGUUUAUGAUGCAAAUGUGAGGUCUGGCCUUAAAGAUAUCAUCACAGACUCGGUGGUGUGCAUGGGGAGACAGUGUUAUUUCUUAACAUUUGUGUGGUGGGGAUUCCUAUCGCUUUUGGGUUUAGUCUCCAGUGUGCUUUUGUUUUUGAGGACUAGGCCUGCUUAUUAUCGUUUUGAAAGAAAUCGUUUAACGCAAUUGUAUUAAGAGAGAUCAAUCAUGUUAAUUCAUUAGGGGUAACUAGGCAUCAAAUGUAUAGAUUCAUUAAAUGUUUACUUGUAUUCAACCUCUAAAUUAAACAAACAAAAGAAACAUUUUUGUAUUCAGAGGCAGCACUAAACAAAUUCAAUAAUGCAGUAUUUA